AUGGCGAAGAGUUCUUCCGUGACUACGCUGGCACACAUCAUAGCCAACAGCAGCAAAAAGAAUGGCACGAGGUUUGUGACACUGUCGGCCACAAGUGCCAAGACAAAUGAUGUUCGAGAUGUCAUCAGCCAAGCCCAGAAUGAAAAAAGACUCUUCAAGAGAAAAACCAUCCUCUUUAUUGAUGAGAUCCAUCGUUUCAAUAAAUCUCAGCAGGACACUUUCCUUCCUCACGUUGAGUGUGGGACGGUGACCCUGAUAGGAGCGACCACAGAAAACCCUUCCUUCCAAGUCAACGCCGCUCUUCUGAGCCGAUGCCGAGUGAUCGUCCUGGAGAAGCUCUCGGUUGAAGCGAUGGAGGCAAUUCUGAUGCGGGCCGUCAGGUCUUUAGGGGUCCAGGUUUUGGGCCAGGACAACCAGCACGGCAGCUCUGUGACUGGCAGGAGCAGCGAGAGCUCAGAAUUCCCGGUGUACAUAGAGGAGAAAGCUCUACAUACCCUAGCCUACCUUUGCGACGGUGAUGCAAGGACUGGACUGAAUGGGCUCCAGUUAGCAGUUCAGGCCAGAUUAGCAGUGGGGAAGACCACUCCUUUGGAUAUUACCAAAGGCGGUUCUGCAGAUGGCAUUGUGAUAACAGAAGAGCACGUAAAGGAAGGGCUGCAGCGGUCUCACAUCCUGUAUGACCGAGCAGGAGAAGAACAUUACAAUUGCAUCUCUGCCCUGCAUAAGUCUAUGAGAGGCUCAGAUGAAAACGCUUCCCUUUACUGGCUUGCUCGAAUGCUUGAAGGUGGUGAGGAUCCACUCUAUGUGGCAAGGAGGCUGGUGAGGUUUGCAAGUGAAGAUAUAGGGCUGGCAGAUCCUCUGGCUUUAACACAAGCAGUUGCUGCUUAUCAAGGCUGUCACUUUAUUGGAAUGCCAGAAUGUGAGGUCAUUCUAGCACAAUGUGUAGUGUACUUUGCCAGAGCACCAAAGUCUAUAGAGGUAUACAGGGCAUACAGCAAUGUCAAAGAAUGUCUGAGAAUGCACACGGGACCUCUGCCGCCUGUUCCGCUGCACCUGAGAAAUGCCCCAACGAGGCUCAUGAAGAACUUGGGCUAUGGUAAAGGCUAUAAAUAUAACCCCAUGUACAAGGAACCUGUAGAGCAGGACUAUCUACCAGAAGAGUUGAAAGGAACAGACUUCUUCAAGGAGCGAAAAACGUGACUGCCUUGCUCGGAAUGGGUUUUGAUUUUGACUCACAUUUGUACUGGAAUGGAAAUUCCCCUCACAGGUUCAGCCAUCUCUUAGUGUGGUUGAAAGUAUUAAGCCACUGAGCCUUUCAGAUACUUUCUUAUCCUUCUGGUUUUACUGCUGUU